CUCAAAGAUUUGCUCGGCACGAUCAUCUUCGGUUUCCUCCCUCGUGAUCAAUAGAUACCUUCAAAGUUAAUUUAUCAGUCCAACCUAUAUUUGCCUCUGUUGAUCUUGAAUAGUCCAUUUUCCGCAACGGGUUAGAAUCAGUCUGCGUAUUCCAUUUUUUCAGCAACCAUGGGUUGCUGUUGCGGGAAGAAAAACUCGAGGAACAAGUACGAAGCGAAGGGUGAGUCUAGCCGAGACAUGGCACCAACGAACGGUCAUGGACAAGCGAAUGAUCACAGUGACAAACAGCAAAGAAUUGCUGCUCCUGCAGACAAUAUGAACCUCCAUGCACCUUCUUCCAUUAUGUCAAGCCACUCAGUGAUGCAACCAACCAAAGGAAUAACAGUGUUUAUUGCUCUGUAUGAUUACGAUGCACGAACCAACGAAGACUUGAGCUUCAAGAAGGGCGAACGGCUUCAAGUUGUCGACAACACAGAUAGCGACUGGUGGUUGGCCAAAUCUCUAGCAACACACAAGGAUGGUUAUAUCCCAAGGAAUUAUGUGGCACCUGAACUAAGCGUGAAUGCUCAAGACUGGUUCUUUGGUAAGAUCAAGCGUGCUGAUGCAGAGAAGAAGCUACUUUCUCCUGGAAGUCCUUCUGGUACAUUUCUUAUCCGUGACUCAGAAACCAUGCCUGGUAACUAUUCCUUAUCUAUUCGUGAUGGAGAGAGUGUCAGACACUAUCGUAUACGUAAGCUUGACAAUGGAGGCUACUAUAUUACCACAAGAGCACCUUUCUCAACUCUCAAUGAGCUAGUUCAGCAUUACACUGAGGAUGCAGAUGGUCUGUGUUGCAAGCUCAAUCAUGCAUGCAGAGCAGAGAAACCCACCACAUCUGGUCUUUCAUAUAACACCAAAGAUGCUUGGGAAAUUUCCCGUGAAUCACUGAGAUUGAACAGAAGGUUGGGAGCAGGACAGUUUGGUGAAGUGUGGGCAGGAGUUUGGAACGGAACAACCCCAGUUGCUGUGAAAACACUCAAGACUGGUGCAAUGUCACCACAAGCAUUCUUAACAGAAGCAGCAAUAAUGAAGAAAUUGAGGCAUGCCAAUCUUAUACAGCUUUAUGCAGUUUGCACAAAUGAGGAACCAAUCUACAUUGUAACAGAAUUAAUGAAACAUGGUAGCUUGUUAGAAUAUUUGAAGGGAGAUGGUCAGUUUUUGAAAUUGGAAGAUUUGAUUGACAUGGGGGCACAAGUUGCUGCUGGAAUGGCCUACUUGGAAAGGAUGAACUACAUCCACCGAGAUUUAGCUGCAAGAAACAUCUUAGUUGGCGAAGGAAAUAUCUGUAAAGUUGCAGAUUUUGGUCUUGCAAGAUUGAUUGAAGAUGACGAGUAUAAUCCUCAUCAAGGGGCAAAGUUUCCAAUAAAGUGGACGGCACCUGAAGCAGCACUAUACAACAAAUUCACCAUUAAGUCAGAUGUAUGGUCAUUUGGAAUUUUGCUGACCGAGUUGGUGACAAAAGGACGUGUACCAUACCCAGGCAUGGCAAAUGCUGAAGUGCUGGCCCAAGUAGAACGUGGGUAUCGCAUGCCCCAACCCAGAGAUACUCCUGAUGCUCUCUAUGGAAUUAUGCUGGAAUGUUGGAAGCAAAAUGAAUAUGACAGACCAACAUUUGAAUAUCUUCAAUCAUUGUUAGAGGACUACUUUGUUUCAACAGAGCCUAAUUAUAAAAAACUGGACCCUUAAUCUCUUGAACUAAACAAGACCAGUGAUCCAUACAGAAUGAAAGAAGAUAGAGAAGUACCCAAGAGAACACUAUUUUUGCAUAUUGGUAGUCAUUAAACUUUUUAGCAAAGUAAAUGCAUUUUUUAAUUCCAAGGUUCUCAUUGCAGUUACCAGAUGGAAAGAAAAAGUAUUUUAGCAUAGAAAAUUAAAUUUUGCAAUUACUGUUAACAGCAUCAAUGACUUCAAACUAAGUAAUUUUUACUCAUUAGAGUUUCUUUAAUUUUUAGAACUGUUGCAACUUGUGAUUUAUGAUACAUGGCACAUAUACAUUUUCUAUUUAUUCCAUAAUUUGUAUCUAAGCUGUACGCAUGUGUAGAGAUUUUGUUGGCACAGUUUACUGGUUGUAUUCAGAUGCAGCAAAAGGAAACAGAGAAAAAUUUAUUUCCUUUAGAGCAGUUAUUGAAAACUAAAGAAUACUUGCAAGUCAGUAUCCUCAACAAAGCACUGUGUAAUCAGAGAUAGAAGAACAAACCUUCAUCAGUGAGGGCUGGAAAAUUUAUACCAGAAGCCUUUCCCUUAAGGAAAUUUGUUUUGAUUGUGUAUUAGAUUGGGAAAGGGGAACUUCAACUACAUCACAUCUCUCCUGUCUCAAUCUGGCCAUGUGAUCUUUUAGAAUCACCUUUUCUCUUGCUAAGAAAGAGUUAUCCAUGCCAACACAAGGUCCAAAUUGGGUCAGGUUGACAUAUUUAACUCAAUUUUUUUCCUUUGUAAAAUGCCUUAAGAGAAUGUUGGUAUUUUACCAUGAUUUUUUUAUCACCCAAGCUUUGUUGUAGUUAAACUUGAGACCUAGCAUAAUUAUGGGCAAUGUAUAGAGUUACCUCAAUUUUUUUUAACAAGUCUAGAGUUUCAAACAAAUGUUGCUUCUUUUACUUGCUAAAUUUUUAUUUUAAUUUUAAGAUUGUGUAUUAAACAAUUGUUUUUGCUUUAGAAAGGUGUUCAAAAAUGGAUAACAUGUUUUCCUUCAUGAUGCAGUAUCAAUCACUGUAAUUUUAUUUUGCUAAGUAAACGUUAUGUAUAAAAAUUUAUAUUUCUUCAACAUAUUCUCUAGAGCAGGUUUUUUUAGGUGAAAAUUAUAUAGCCAGUAAUUCUCUCAAAGGGCCUACUCAUCAAAGAUUAAUUUUCUAACAUACAUCACAUUUUGUGCUUGCAUUAAAUGGCUCAGGUGGUUUCCUAGAUGUAAAGCUAUUUAUCAGUAGUUAUCCCUAUACAAGAAAUUUUAUGUCUUCAUUAUCUGUGGAAUAUUGCUGUGCAAGGUUUUUUUUAUUCCAAAUUUUUCAGUUUUGUUUCUAUCAACAGCUCAUGUUGAAUGUUAACAGUUACAUUUCUUAUUAUACAUGAGUGAUUCUGUUUAUCCAAAAUAUGAGCCAUAUCACCCAUGUUGUUAAUUAAGUCAUCAAAAACACUUCUAGUAAUCUACACUUUGAAUUUCCAGUGGAGUCAUAUGGGUGAGGUUUUUUUAGGAGGAUCCAGAUACCUGAAGAAUUUGGAAUGUGUUUUGAGAAUUUCCAAAGCUUUCUCAUAAGAUUUUUUAUACAACUUUGAUAGUGUCCCUUCAAGAAAUCGGAGGUUUUGGUGGAAGGAAGAUCAUAGCAAAGCCUCAUCUUUUCUCCUAUUGUUUUCAGCUUAUUUUGCUUUGCACAUUAUACAAAAUAAUUUUUUUUUUAGUUUUGUGCAGGAGAAGGGCCCAUGGGCUAGGGUGAGAUUGAUAUUUUACAACCUCAGGUGUGAGUACCAUGCCUAAGAAAUGACAGCUUGUAGACAAAUAUUCCUUCAAAUACUGAAUUGUAUAUCCAUGGAGGUGUAUGGCAAACAAAUCUUGAAACAAAAUACCACACUGUUGAAAGGUGCAACGUCAAAAUGUUUUGCUUCUUUUUUUCUGUCAUCAAAUUGGAGAAUACUUAAAACAAGACGUGAGAAGAUAGAAAAAAUGAAGGAAUAUUUAUAAAUUAAGCAGGAAUGACAAUGGAUUGCUAUGCAGAAUAUUGCCUAGGAUUGUGACAGGAACUAAAAGUUUGAAAGAGGAAUGAUAUAUGUUGUAAAAUGUAUGGAAACCUAACUCCUUGAGCAGUAUUUUUGAGUUUCCAGUUUGAUUUCUAAUUGAAAUUUUUUUAAAAUAUCCACUUGUAUACAUUGUAAAUAACAUGAGAAGUUUUACUUUGAAUUUUUGGCAUGAAGAGUUAAACUGUGUCAUCAAUAUUUUUUUUUGGUUUUCUUCAGGUCUCGUUAGGGAGAAUAAUAUCUUUGGUUGAUGUUUCUGAAUCAAUGUUAAUGGUACUUUGUGCAAGGAAUAACUUGGAAUAACUUGGAUGUAUGAAAAGCUGACUCAAUGAAAUAUUGAAUUUUUAAUUAACACCAAAAUAAGCGCGAGAUUUAUAUUAGAGAGGGGUUAAUACUGUACUUCUUAUAAUGGACUGUAAAGUUAAUUAUGUAUUUUGUCUUAAAGGUCAGAAUUAUUGUGCACAUACCUAAGGAACUUUCAAAAUGUGAACUGUCAUGGUGUAAAAAGUGUAAACAACAGAAAUAAUUGUUUUUCAUGAUAGAUGGCUAUUUGCCCUUAAGAGUUUUCCAACAUUUCUUGAAUUAUCUCUACAUCAAACUGCUUAACUACUGCACAUAAGCUGGGUAACUUUGAGGGAGGUGGAUGUUAGAGUUAUAUGCAGGCGAUAUUCAAUAUGUGAAAAAAACUAAAACUGAUUUGUUGUAUGAUAACAGAUUUAUAUUAGACAGAUAAUUUGUUAUCAACCCUAAAGAAACUGAUCAUGAUAAGAUGUCAAAACCACCUCAGUAACAUGUGAGUGAGUCGUUGUGAUCGCUGAGAGGCUUCUUUUCAUGUCUUUUGUUUUUGUUGAUCAGCAACAUCCACAAAUCCAUUUUCUUCAAAUGCAGGUAGUGUUUCUGUGCAAUGGGUUCAUUGUAUGGUGUAAAACUUAACUCUUGUGAAACAGAAAUCUUGGGAUUAAAUGCCACGUUGAAGAGGUUUCCUGCUUGAGGAGAGUUGGAAUGAAAAACUAAAAGAUAAUUGAUAGUUUUUAGUGUUUUCUUUGAGUCUGUUUUAAAGAGGUAUUACUCCUAUGAGGCAUGAAUACUUUGAGAUGAGAUAACCAUUGGUUCAAACAAUGUUAUUGUGUUACUGACUUGUUAAAAAGGGUUUUUAAUAUUUUUGUAAAUCAAUUACCGUUAUAAUGUGAUAAGAACGUAGAGUAUUAUUGUAUCACUACUAUAGCUAAAGAAAUACUUCUUUCUGUGAAAAUCCCUUUUCUUGUAAUUAUUACAAGGCACAUUUUUUAGUGAAUAAAAUUUUAUAUGAUGCAAGUGUGCCUG